UGGCUUACGGUCUUUUCAUGUGACUAAUAUGUUGCUCGUUUGGUUAGGAGCAGGAUACACUGAAUGGAAUCGAGCAGCAAAUCUCCUCCAUUUUUCAUAGCACAUUUAAUGCAAUUAAGUAGUCUAUAUCCUAUGAUUUCACCCACAUCCCCUUAAAAAGGGCCUCAUACAAUGCUCCUGCGUCAUUUUUGGGCAGUGGAGGAGGCCAUUGUGCAUGGUGGAAGGCGAAUUCUCGGGCAUUAAACAUACAGAAACAAGGAGGCACGGAAGGAGAGAAUGGAGGGAGAAGAGGGAAAGGUGAUGGAUGUGAGUCUCAAGGAGCUCUCAAGGAAGCUCGAGGAGUUUGCCAAAGAGAGGGACUGGGAGCCAUACCACAGCCCAAGGAAUCUGCUGCUUGCUAUGGUUGGUGAAGUGGGAGAGCUCUCAGAAAUAUUCAUGUGGAGGGGAGAAGUGGCAAGAGGUUUACCAAAUUGGAAGGAAUCCGAUAAGGAGCAUCUCGGGGAGGAGCUUUCAGAUGUCUUACUAUACUUGAUAAGAUUAUCCGAUAUAUGUGGCAUCGAUCUUGCUGAUGCUGCUACAAAAAAAAUUGGCAAGAAUGCCAUCAAAUACCCUCCUAAAGCCCCAUGAAGAGCAUAAAAAUACCACCUUGUGCUCACCUCCAUCUCUUUUGCUUUGCGGCUGGAAUAUGCCUCAAACUAAAUAUUGUCAACUCUUUGGGCUAAUAUCCUCGAGAAGUAUGUUAUGUAAAAUCAUAUCCAGCUUAUGCUACAAACUAUGUUCCAUCUAGUUAUGUUCUCCUGGUUGAUCAA